AUGUAUAAUGCAUUUUUACAUGGUUAUCUUGAUGAAGAAGUUUUUAUGCUACCACCUCCAAGCUAUACUAAAGCUAAGCCAAAUGAAGUUUGCUUGUCAAAAAGGUCUUUGUAUGGUUUAAAGCAGGUUUCUCGCCAAUGGAAUGUUGAGUUUUGUGCUAAACUUCAAGCUUAUGGGUUUGUCCAGAGUGCACAUGAUCAUUGUCUCUUCAUUAAGAAGACUUCUACUUCAAUUUUAGCCUUACUAGUGUAUGUAGAUGAUGUUCUUGUUACUGGAACUCAUGAGUCUGAGAUUAAGAAGGUCAAACAGUUUCUUCAUGAAAAACAUGGGAGUGCACAUUAUCAUUGUCUCUUCACUAAGAAGACUUCUACUUCAAUUUUAGCCUUAUUAGUGUAUGUAGAUGAUGUUCUUGUUACUGGAACUCAUGAGUCUGAGAUUAAGAAGGUCAAACAGUUUCUUCAUGACACGUUUACUAUUAAAGACAUGGAGUAUGCUAAAUAUUUUUUAGGCCUUAAAAUUGCAAGGGGUUCUGAUGGAACUUAUGUCAAUCAAAGAAAAUAUGUGUUAGAUAUUUUGCAAGAUUUCGGCCUUCUUGGAGCUAAACCUAUUGUUACAUCAUUGCCAAAGGGGCAAAAAUUUUCUUCUACUGUUAGUUACUUGGAUGAACCAGAGAAAUAUUGCAAGUUAGUUGGUAGAUUGUUGUAUCUCAAUCUCACCAGGCCAGACAUAUCUUAUGUUGUCCAACAGCUUAGUCAAUAUGUGCACUCUCAUACUCAAGAUCAUUGGCAAGCAACACUUCAUGUUCUCAAGUAUCUCAAGGGUACACCUUCCAGAGGUUUGUUUUUCUCAUCUAAUAAUAAUCUGUCCCUUGAAGCCUUUUGUGAUGCAGACUGGGCUGCAUGUAAAGAGUCCUGCAAGUCACUCACUGUCAGCAGGUCUUCAGCUGAGGCAGAAUAUAGAAGCCUUGCUUUUACUGUUUGUGAGCUCCAAUGGAUUAGUUAUAUUUUGCAGGAUUUUCAAGUCAGCCCUCCUUUGCCAAUCCCUCUUUGGUGCAAUAACAUGGCAGCUUUACAUAUUACUAUCAACUCAGUGUUCCACAAAACUUACAAAGCACCUACAGAUUGA